AUGUCCACGGGAAGAGGGGGUGCUGACGUCCUGUGUCGUCACAUCCAGAAUUAUGUUAUCGCCUGUCAACUAGCUGGUACCAAGAUAAGCAAAUGGAGGAAAGACAGCUUCUGUCCUGUGACAUGUCCAGCAGGAAGUCACUAUGAGCUGUGCUCCUCUUCCUGCUCCUCCACCUGCUUCUCCCUGCAGAGGUCAGAGCCCUGCCCAGUGUGCCAGGAGGGCUGCCAGUGUGAUGACGGCCUCAUGUCUGAUGGAGUCCGCUGUGUUCCCGUGGAGAAAUGUGGCUGUGAAGUGGAUGGACAGUAUUAUGAGUCAGGUUCAUCAGUAUUACGGAAGGACUGUUCAGAGUUCUGUGUCUGCCAGUCUGGACAGUUCAGCUGCAAAUCCACAAGUUGCAAAGAGGGAGAGGAGUGUCGCAACAGGGAUGGGACAAUUGGCUGCUACCCCAGAGAUCCUUGUGCUGAAGUUGAGUGCAGGGUAAAAGAACACUGUGAGGUGUCAGAAGGCCAAGGAGUGUGUGUUCCUGAUUCCAAGGCCUUAUGCUGGGCUUUUGGCGACCCACACUACACAACAUUUGAUGGCAGGAGCUUCUCAUUCCAAGGAACCUGCACCUACAUCCUCGUCAACACCACAGGACUUGAUCCCUUCUUACCAGACGUUACUGUGACCACGAAGAAUGAGCUCCGCGGGAACUCUGAAGGCUCCUUUGUGCGUUCAGUCACUGUGGAGAUGUUGGGCCACCAUAUAUCUAUCUCAGCAGCUGACAAAGGAGUCGUAUUGGUGGAUGGUAUUAAGACAGAACUUCCUGUCCUUCUUGAAGAAGGAAGCAUCUCCAUAAUAAAAUCUGGAAUUAGAGGCAUACUCCAGAGUGAUAUCGGUGUUGAAGUCACUUUUGAUUGGUGCACACUUGUCAUGGUGUCCAUCAGCAGCAGUUACUAUGGUAAUGUUGCUGGGCUCUGUGGCAACUACAAUGGCAACAUAGAGGAUGAGCUAACAACUCCCAGAGGCAACACAGCUGUUAAUGUGACAGACUGGGCAGGGUCAUGGAGCAUCGAAGACUACGACCCAUUCUGUUACCAUUACUGUGAGGGCAACUGUCCUCAGUGCUCCGAGGAGGACCGCAUAAGGUACACUGGUCCAGGGUACUGUGGGAUUCUGAGCGAUAAGAAGGGGCCUUUCUCUGGUUGUCAUGCUAGCGUGCCAGCAGCAGAGUUUGUGUCACACUGUUUGUAUGAUGUCUGCAUCAAUGAAGGACGGCAAGAAGUAUUGUGUGAUGCCCUGAGCAGCUACCUGGCAGAAUGCCAGGAAGCUGGAGCAUCAGUGUUGCCAUGGAGACAUCUGACCAACUGCUCUUUUGCAUGUCCAGCUCACAGCCACUACAAGGUGUGUGGCUCGGCCUGUCCAGACAGCUGUGGUCCUAAGCCAGAGGUGUGCCCUAAGGUCUGUGUGGAAGGCUGCUUCUGUGAUCCAGGAUAUGUGAACAGUGGACAAGAGUGUGUUAUCAAGGAGAAGGGCUGUGGCUGUAACCAUAAUGGUCGGUAUUACCUGCCAGGUGAGACGUUCUGGUCCAACUUACUGUGUACAGAGAAGUGUGUGUGUGAUGCAGCGACACAAAAUGUGCAAUGUGAGCUAACCGGGUGUCAAACUGGAGAGCAAUGCAGCGUUGUGGACGGAGUCCAAGACUGUUACCCAGUCAGCUUUAAGACUUGCACUGCAUAUGGAGAUCCACACUUCCGCUCCUUCGAUGGACGCAAUUUUGACUUCCAGGGCAACUGUGUCUACAGACUAGCCAGUGUGUGUGGAGAUACUACAGGUCUGAAGCACUUUGAGGUAAACCUUGAGAAUAACAACCGUGACAACAAAAGAGUGUCAUACACUAAAGUGGUGACUGUUAAAGUAUAUGGCAACACAUAUAUACUUUCCGUGAGCAACCCAGGCAGAGUGCUGGUUAAUGGGCUCCAAAACUUCCUGCCAUUCUCCAAUUCAACCAGCAAAUCAGUGGUCAACAUUUAUCGGAAACACAGACUGGCUGUCCUGGAGACAACCUUUAUUAAGGUCUCCUUUGACUUUGCGAGUGCAGUUUGGGUGGAUCUGGCAACUAGUUAUAAAAAUGCAACCUGCGGCCUGUGUGGAAACUUUAAUGAUGACCCGGCUGAUGACCUGAUGUUGCCCAAUGGGAAACUGGCUUCCAGCACCAAUGAGUUUGGAGUGAGCUACUGGCUGGCGGAUGUGGAGGGCUGCUCCCAUGAUUGUAAAGACUGUCCUCCGCCGUUCCCCCCUGGCUUCGAGCCACCCAGCUACACAUCAGUCUGUGAUAUCAUAACAGCAAAGGAUGGACCCCUGGCUGACUGUUUAGGCCGUGUAGAUUCCAAGCAGUACCACGAUGACUGUGUCUAUGACAUGAUGCAUAAUAACGGCAAACAGGAAUUAGCCUGUAACAUCAUCAGUGUUUAUGUGGAAGAGUGUCAGAGGAAAGGAGGCUGUGUGAGGUCAUGGAGGACGAGGCGCUUCUGCUGGAUGCAGUGUCCAGUCAACAGUAUGUACACAGUCACAGCUUCUGGCUGCCCCAUCACCUGCACCACUCCAUCUGCACCUGUUGAGUGUAAAGCCCCGCCCAGUGAAGGGUGUGUGUGCAACCCUGGUUACCUGCUGAGUCAGGAUCGCUGUGUGCCACUGGCUCAGUGUGGAUGCCAGUACAAAGGUCAGUACUUCAUGUCUGGUGAGGAGUUCUACGCUGACUCGGACUGCCAGCAGCACUGUGUGUGUCAUGGAGGGGUGGUGCACUGCAAGGACAAGCCCUGUGAAAGAGGGCAAAGCUGUGGAGUGCAGAAAGGAGUGAGGGGUUGCUAUGCCAGCCUCAAAAAAGAAUAGAACAGGGACAAACACGUGCAGAAAUUCAUCUUCUCUUAAUUAAAUCUAUUUUAAGAAAAUAUACUCAGCAAUACUGUGUUUAUACUGUAAACUUAUAAUUGUCGAUUCUUCUGCAGUAAAAUUCCAACUGUACUCAGGUGCUGAAGGCUACAGAAAAUCGAAAAUCUAGUUUCACAAUUAAAGAUAUAGUUGAAAUGUCAAAAAUCUGAUCUUAAAAGCCUCCUCCUAUUUAAAUGUGUAAUCAAUCAAUCAAGCAAUUAAUCAAUCAAUCAUCACAUCAUUUUUUGUUCCUUUUGAGAAACUGCCUACAAAAUAUUUUUAAUGUAGUUACAGUUAAUUCUAAGAUGAUGUAUUCUGAAUGUUGUGUGUUACUGCUGUUACAACUAAAACCAUUUUGUUAACUAACUUUAACUGAGUUGUACUCUCAGUUACCUAUUUAUUAGGUACACCGAGCUAAUAAUGACAAGCUAAAACUAAUGCAGUCUAAUACAACAAUCCUGCAAUAAAUCCUCUCUCUUUAUUGGAACUUUUUUGGAGAGAUGUUAAUUCAACUGUAUGAUCAUUUUAGAGACUGCAGUGUGUGUGAUGCCAUUGAAUUGUCCUGCAUUAUACUGACUGGAGGCUAAAUAACACAAACACCCCUUGAUAUAAUACAAUUCAACAGCAGCACAAACUGCAGCCUCCAAAAUGAUCAUGAAUUUCAUUAACACACCUCUCUGACUUUGUAACCUUUCUAAAGGAGGAUUAUUUGGCACUAAGUUGAUAGUAUGCAACAAUGAUCAUUUUCUCAUGUCACUGCAUGGUAGAAUCCCCUGAUGAUUGCAAAACAAAUGAAGACUACUUUGUUGUAACUGUGGAGGAUUACAGUAUGCUGUGUUUGUAAGCCACUUUCUUUAGUCUAUUCCUUCCACAUAUCCAAAAGCAUUUCUAAUCAUUAAAAAUAUUUCAGCAACGUCCCCAUCUGUUGUGUCUUUGAUUGUGUGC